AUGGAGCAUUUUGAGUGCAGCAUCACCCGCCAGCGUGUUGUCUGUCUCACCUUGACCAAGACUAGCCUCGACCAGUUCAAGAACAAGUCUAACCGACACAUGAUUUUACUUCAAACUCCAAUCUUGGCUCUCUUUCUAAGAUGGAGGAGCCUAACUCGCAAAUCUCGAGGCGCAAUCAAUGCAGCAAAAACAUCGAGAUCCUUUACUGAUUUUCGCAGCUGCAUCUUUCAUGUCUCAGGUCCCUUGCGUUUCUCGCCGUUCUAG